AUGCGUCCUCGUCUACUUUCCAGCAUCAAGAGCCAAAGACCACGCCUAUACGCUACCCUCCCACCAAAGGCACGACUAAAUACUCCGACCGAUUUUGAAGCAACCCCUCUACUUAAUCACAAUUCAAGAUCAGCAUUAGCCAGCAAUGACUUGUCCUCUGAUGCGAAAAGCGGAACUGCCACGCGAUUGAAUCUCUUUCAAGCCAUCAACUCUGCUCUAUCACAUGCACUUCGAACGGAUCCACGUGUGUUGCUUUUCGGCGAAGAUGUAGCUUUUGGAGGAGUAUUCCGCUGCAGCAUGAACCUGGCUUCUGAAUUUGGAGAUGAUAGGGUUUUCAACACACCUUUGACUGAGCAGGGCAUUGUCGGGUUUGCUAUCGGAGCAGCUUUUGAAGGAAUGCGGCCAGUCGCCGAAGUCCAAUUCGCCGACUACGUGUAUCCUGCGUUCGACCAAUUGGUUAACGAGGCAGCAAAAGCCAGGUAUAGAGCUGGUGUUAAUGCUGAAGGACAAAGUUGCGGAGGCCUAGUGGUCCGUAUGCCUUGUGGAAGUGUGGGACAUGGUAUCAGAUAUCAUUCCCAGUCGCCAGAGUCGCUCUUCACACACAUACCCGGACUCCGGGUAGUCAUGCCUCGUGGACCUGCGCAGGCCAAGGGCCUCUUACUCGCCGCCAUCGCAAGUAAUGACCCAGUUGUCUUCAUGGAGCCAAAGAUCCUCUAUCGUGCAGCAGUAGAAUACGUCCCGACAGAAGCUUACGAGAUUCCAUUAAGCAAAGCAGAGAUUGUCAAGCCUGGCAAAGACAUCACAAUCAUCAGCUACGGAACCCCGUUGUAUACAUGCUCAAAUGCCAUUGCAAAGGCAGAAGCAGAUUUUGGCUGCGAGAUUGAACUCAUUGAUCUUCGAACCAUCUACCCCUGGGAUCGACCUACCAUUAUCGAAAGCGUCAAGCGAACCGGCAAGGCAAUUGUUGUGCAUGAAAGUAUGACCAAUGCAGGAGUUGGCGCAGAAGUUGCCGCAACCAUUCAAGAGACAUGCUUCCUGAACCUAGAAGCCCCUGUCGCUAGGGUAGGUGGCUGGAGCACACACAUGGGUCUCAUUUAUGAGGUAAGUUGGACGUCGGUUUGA